CCCAUUUAAUUUUCUUGAGCCAUGCCACCUGGCAACACUGGCAGAUUUCCAGCAGCUGGCUUAUCUUAUCUAUUUGUGUGGUAUUUUUGGGUGCAUUCCAAAUAUUGCAUUGUUAAACUCGGUUUUACAGCACGCUCCUUGAUCGUUCACCUGGCGGAAGAGGGCGCAGUUGAUCUGCGAACAGAGUUCCACGCGCUGGAGUCCCACAGUUUUGCAUGCAUUGUAUUUCGUUGUGCGAUCGGUUGGCAAGGCACCACUUGUAGCAUUCCGUAGGACAGGAUAGGACAGCCGGAUAGGAUGAGCUGCUUCAGUGCGAUGAGUGCCCCACUGCUAGGCGAGAUGGAGCAGACCAUUGGGAUGCUGGAGCGGGGCACCAUCGUGACCAAGCUGUACGGGAAGCAGCGGCGGCCGGACCGUCGCCACCUGAUGCUCAUCCGGGAAACGCGCCAGCUGCUCUGGGCCACGGUGGCCACGCAGACGCCGCGCACCGACUACGAGGGAGCCAUCCAGCUGCGCGAGAUCCGCGAGAUCCGGGUGGGCAAGCACUCGAAGGAGUUCCGCCUGUCCGCCGACGAGUGCCAGCGGUUCGAGAGCAGCAAGUGCUUUGUCAUCCUGCACGGCAGCCACUUCAAGCUGAAGAGCUUCUCGGUGGUGGCCCUGUCGGAGAUCGAGGCGGACAACUGGGUGAGGGGGCUGCGCUACAUGGUGCGGGACACCCUCGCCGCUCCCUACCCCCUCCAGAUCGACCGCUGGCUGCGCCGGGAGUACUACCAGAUCGAGAACGUCAACUCGCACUCCGCGAAGGCCACGGAUCAGUCGCCGGCGCAGGUGACCAUCAAGGACUUCAAGCUCUUCCUGGCCGGCGUCAGCUGUAAGAUGACCACCGGCAAGUUCAUGGAGCACUUCACCGAGGAUGUGCGGCGCAAACACGACCUCAAGUUCGAUGACUUCUCGCGGCUCUACCAGAAGCUCCUCUUGCCCAACGGCUUUGCCGGCAUCCUGUCCGGAUCCGGAUCGGGAUCGGGAUCCGGUGCGAGUUCGGCUGCAACUGGCUUUCCCUACUCCGAGGAUCAGCUGGUGGUGCGGCCGGCGGAGCUGAAACAGUUCCUGGAGGCGGAACAGAGUGACGGCAGCAGCAGCAGUAGCAGCAGCAGCAGCAGCAGCGAGAUUAGCAGCGCCUCCAUUGCCGCCUUCAUUCGGGACUUUGUCCAGGACGUGGAGCGGGAUGUGCAGGAGCCGUACCUGACCUUCUCCGAGUUCGCGGACUUCCUGUUCUCCAAGCAGAACGACCUGUGGAACAGCAAGUUCGACUCGGUGUUCAUGGACAUGAACCUGCCGCUGUCCUCCUACUGGAUUGCCUCGUCGCACAACACCUACCUGACCGGCGACCAGUUCUCCAGCGAGUCCUCCUGCGAGGCCUACGCCCGCGCCCUGCGCAUGGGAUGCCGCUGCAUCGAGCUGGACUGCUGGAACGGGCCCGACAACCUGCCCUACAUCUUCCACGGCCACACCAUGACCUCCAAGAUCAAAUUCAUGGACGUCAUCAAGACCAUCAAGGACCACGCCUUUGUCACCUCCGAGUACCCGGUGAUCCUGUCCAUCGAGCAGAACUGCUCCCUGGAGCAGCAGCGCAACAUGGCCCAGGCUUUGAUCGAGGUGUUCGGGGAAAUGCUGCUGACCCAACCUUGUGACCGGAACGAGAAGCACCUGCCCUCGCCCUACCAGCUGCGUCGCAAGAUAAUCCUCAAGCACAAGAAGCUGCCGCAGUUUGAUGACAUCAGCAACGGGAUUCCGGGCCCUGGGUCGUUGGGCCCCAGAUCCUCGCUGGCCAGCGGAGGCGGAGGCGGAGGCGGUGGAGUCCACGGGGAGAACGAUGGCGAGAAUGUGCGCAAGGUGUUCAAGGAGGGACUGCUGUACUUCAAGGAUCCGGUCGACAAGACCUGGAACCUUUACCAGUUCGUGCUUACGCAUCAGGAGCUAAUCUACUCCUCUGAGAUCAAUGAGUCGCGCAACGGGAACUCGGAGGACGACGACUUCGGGCUAUCCUCGUCCUGUUCGCUGAACAGCAACAUGCAGCAGAAGCAAAAGGACACGUCAGCCAACGAUGAGCUGCACUUCGGCGAGAAUUGGUUCCAUGGAAAGCUGGAAGGUGGCAGAAUGGAAGCAGACGACCUACUGAAGAAGUAUAAACAUUUUGGAGACGGAACGUUUCUAGUACGCGAAUCGGCCACAUUUGUAGGGGACUACAGUCUAUCGUUUUGGCGUAGAAACCGACCCAAUCACUGCCGCAUUAAGUUGAAGCAUGAGAACGGCUCCAUCAAGUACUAUUUGGUGGAGAACUUCGUUUUCGACUCACUUUACUCCCUGAUCGUUUACUACCGCAAGAACAUGUUGCGCAGCUCGGAGUUCUCGAUCAUACUGAAAGAGCCUGUCCCGCAGCCGAAAAAACACGAGGAUCAGGAAUGGUUCCACCCCAACACCACCAAGGAGCAGGCCGAGCAGGGUCUCUUCAGACUGGACAUCGGUUCGUUCCUAGUGAGGCCGUCGGUGCAGAGCAUUAACGCCUUCGUCAUCUCGUUCACCAUCAAUCGGAAGAUAAAGCACUGCCGCAUCAUGCAGGAGGGUCGUCUGUACGGCAUCGACACGAUGAACUUCGAGUCCCUGGUCUCGCUCAUCAACUACUACACCCGGAACCCGCUCUACCGCAAUGUCAAACUCAGCCACCCGGUCUCCCAGGAGCUGCUGCGUCAGGCGCUGGCGGAGAUCGCCCACGGCGAGCAUGGUGGCGGCCUCGACGACAACGGGGCCUCCAACUACAUGGGCUCCAACCUCGAGGAGUACGUCACGUGCAAGGCCCUCUACAGCUACAAGGCGAACAAGCCGGACGAGCUCUCCUUUCCCAAACACGCCAUCAUCACCAACGUGCAGAGGGACAACUCGAUGUGGUGGAUUGGGGACUACGGCGGUAUGAUCAAAAAACAUCUGCCGGCAAACUACGUUAAGGUAAUUGAUUCCGCCACGGAAGACUACAGCUCGUUGAAUGAUGAGGGUACCGACAGCCGAACCGACUCCAUUGAGAUAUUCGGGGCCGUGGCCUCGCUCUUUGAGUCCAGCGAUCCGGGCAUUAUCUUCAAGCUGCAGAUACAAACGCCAACGAUGCAGAAUCCGUUCGUGAUUGGCUUCGACAACCAGGAAACGGCCUACGAGUGGAUCAAAGCCAUCCAGGAGGCGGCCCUCAUCGCCAGCCAGCUGGCAUCGGAGCGACGAAAGAAGGAACGCACCGCCCGAGUGGCCAAGGAGAUGUCCGACCUGAUCAUCUACUUCCGCAGCGUGCCCUUCCGCGAGCACUCGUGGAUAUUCCAGGAGAUGUCCAGUUUCCCCGAAACGAAGGCGGAAAAGCAGUUCUUCCAGCAGAACACCCAGCUGUUCCUCUGCUACCACCGCAACCAGAUCAGUCGAGUGUACCCCAAGGGCCAGCGGUUGGACUCGUCCAACUUUAAUCCCAUGCCGUUCUGGAACAUCGGAUCGCAGAUGAUCGCCCUGAACUACCAGACGGGUGACAAGGCCAUGCAGCUGAACCAGGCCAAGUUCAGGAACAACGGCCAGUGCGGCUACAUCUUGAAGCCGGCGUUCAUGAAGUCCGAUGGCUUCAACCCCAACAGUCCCUUGUCCGACAGCUCCAGCGAGGUGAAUGUGAGCAUUCGCCUCAUCGCGGCCCGCCAUCUGUUCCGGGGGGGCAAGUCCAACAAUCCGCAGAUCGUGGUCGAAAUAGUGGGCGCCAGCUACGACACAGGCGUCAAGUAUCGCACCAAGGUCAACGAAAACGGGUUCAAUCCCGUGUGGAACGAAACGUGCGAGUUCGCCGUGCGCAAUCCGCAGUUCGCGAUCCUUCGCUUCGAGGUUCAGGACGAGGACAUGUUCGCCGAGACGCACUUCAUUGCCCAGGCCUGCUAUCCACUGACCUGCAUACGCCAAGGCUAUCGCAGCGUCAUCAUGUGCAACAAGUUCAGCGAGGAGCUGGAACUAUCCUCCUUGCUGGUCCACAUCAAGAUUGCGAAUUCCACUUCCCCAUAGUUAAGUAUACUGGAUCAUUGAAAGGUGUAUGCAUAUUCAGCUGAAUGGAUGGUUCGAUUGUUUAAGAAACAAUUGUAGAAACUGAAAGAGAGCAAAGAUGCGAAGCAAUUUGUCAGACGCUGUAUAUACACCAUUGCAUCAAGCUAUGACCUGAUUCUACGACUCAUAUUAGCUUUAGGAGGGAGAAACAUCAUUUGAUUUCAUUAGGAUUCAUUUUUGUACCCAUCAGAAUUAUACAAUCAAUAAUAACACAGGAACACAAAAUUCAAAUUUUUUGAAAUUUCCACGAACCAUGUUGUCCCAUACAAACAUAUGUUCCAUCACAUAUUAAUUUCGACAGUUUAAAUUACGCCCAAACAGUUUUAAAUUACCCAAUUGCUUUUGCAUUAAAAAAAUACCCAAAUUUAAAAUCUUAAAUUUUUUUAAAAUACUCUUAUUAUGAAGUGAUUUAGAAAUUAUGGAAAUAAUUUUAAUUUUCUUUGUAAACUACUCUUCUCUCAACGUUUUCUUAAAGUUUUCAUAAGAUCAUUUUAUUAGUAAAAGCAUACUUUGUUUUGCUAUUA